GGUUGUUGCAAAACCAAAUGCAUUACUAUCCCUUGUGAAUGGACUUGGAAUAAUUGGUUCUACCGUGCUCGGUUCACUCUAUGCAUCUGCAAGAAAUGAAAAGCUUGCUAAUGAAACAACUAUAGAAUCUAUGAGAAUGGAGAUAAAUGAAAAGGAAACAUCAAUUGCUUCUCUGAAGAAGAAUUUCGAAUUAAAGGUUCAAGACGAUAGAGAAGAAAGGAAAAAGCAAGUUAUGGUGGAAACUGAAGAGAAGUUCGGCCUUACAGAAAAGUUGAAAAUUGCAGAAAUUCUGAUGACGGGUAUUGGACAGGAGCUGGAAAAGGAGAAAAGAAUGGUUGGAGAUCUUAAUGUACAAAUACAGAGCCUUCAAAUCAAUUUGAUGGAUAAUAAGGAAACUAAGAAGGAUCUUGAAGAGAAACUUAAGGAAAUGAGUGAAUCAAUUGAAGUUUUGGAAGAAAGGAUUGCAGUUCUCAUUAUGGAGAUUAAACAGAAAGAAGCUGAUCUUCAUAAUCACAGCUAUGUAGUGUCUGUAAAAGAAUCAGACCUUAAGGAAAUGAACGUUAGCAACGAACAUAUCAAAUAUAAACUAGCUGGAUUGAAUUCAAAAGCGAGAAGAUUGAAUGAAGAACUUCUGAGAAGUGAAAGAGAGAUAGACCUGAAAAACGCAGCAACAGAGAGUUUGAAUUCUUUAGUAAGUUCUUUACUCGUGGAGCGAGAGAACAUUCUAACCGGAGAAUUGAUGCCAUUCUGAAGAACAAUAAUGUGCGAAGAUCAUCUUUCAGGGAGAGAGCUGCUGCACAUGCUCAGCUGUUGGAUGAAAA